CAACGCCUCGUGACACAAAAACAAGUGUAAUUCACAGACAUAACGCAGGCCCCGCCCAUCACGGCGCACAAUAUAGACGUCACGACGGUAAACAAGAGCAUGUCGCGCAGACUGAAUCAGCCCAGAGAAAUGAACGGCCAGGCGGACGUGGAGGUCGACUACAAACGGAAAUACAAAAACCUGAAGAGGAAAUUAAAAUUUCUAGUUUAUGAACAGGAAUGUUUUCAGGAAGAGCUGAGGAGAGCUCAGAGAAAACUUCUGAAAGUCUCCAGAGACAAGAGUUUCCUCCUGGACCGACUGUUACAGUAUGAGAGGAUCGAUGAAGACUCCACAGACUCCGAUGCCACAGUUUCCUCAGAGAACAGUGAGGCUGAAGGUCCCAGGGAACGAGAGAGAGAUGUGGCAAAAAAGCGAAGAAGCAGCCCUGGAGCGUGUCUCCCUUCUUCUUCCUCCCCUCAUCUCUCCCUGCUGUCCCGUCCCAGUGUCCCCCCCCUGCAGUCCUCAGGCUCUGGACCGUACCUCAACACUAUGCCCUUCCCACCGGAGUAUUUGGCCCCGGCUGAACGAUUGAAGAAAGAAAGAAAAACAAAGGCACCAAAAAACAAGAAGGAGCCUUCAGGGAAGGUUGUUGCCUCAAUGGCAGCAAAUUACCCAUCUGCCCCGGUGGCUCCAGCAUCAGCCAGCAGCCCCUUCAGCUGGGUUCCCAGACAGAUGCUGAGUGGAGACGCAGCGGAAGAGGACGGAGAGAGUGAUUUAGACAGUGACCGAGGGGACGAAGACCAGGGGGAGGGGGACGAGGCCGAGCUCGUCAUCGACAUUCCUAAUGAAUGAGCCUGUGUCUGUCCAUGAAGCAAGAGACUCUCUAUGUGACUGGAGUUCACAACACCCCCCUGGUGGUCAAUUGUUUCAUAGCAGGUCUGGUCCCAUCAUCAUUCUUGACUUAUACUUGGAUUUAAGAAAUGAAAUGAUGUCAAAACUACGUUAGUUUUGACAUAAUUUCAAAACUAACGUAGUAUUUAAGCACUGAACGGCUGAGACACGUACGUACGUCUGUCUGUACGUCUACUGCCACAGUGACGUCAAGAAGUCAUGAAGUUCACACUCAUCAUUUCUGUGUAAAACCAUGAACAACAAGGUGUGACUGUGUAUUUUUCUGUGUAAAUAUGAAUGAAUGAAUGAAUGAACUGUUGAAAUAUCUUGACCUUUGUCCGACACCAUUAUUAUGACUCUUCUUAAGUAAACAAUUAUUUUUUUAAAUUUAAA